AGCUCUUUACGACGUGUGUACACUGUGUAGAAUUCGUUCUGUGCCGUAAAGCAAGCAACCGCUGACGUCAUGGUGAAGUUUGCGUUACAGCUGAAGGCCAAUCUAGAAAAUAUCACGAGGCUGCGGCCGCUGGGUGAUGAUUUCCGCUGGUUCCUGAAGUUGAAAUGUGGAAACUGUGGAGAAGUAUCGGACAAGUGGCAGUAUAUCACGUUGGUGGACAGUGUCCCCCUGAAGGGUGGGAGAGGCAGCGCCAGUAUGGUACAGAAGUGUAAGCUGUGCUCUCGGGAAAACUCCAUAGAUAUUUUGGGUCCCUCGAUGCAGCCGUACAAUGCGGAAGACAGUGAACGCUUUAAAACUAUAGUGGAAUUUGAGUGUCGGGGGCUGGAGCCAGUCGAUUUUCAACCUCAGGCUGGAUUUGCUGCAGAAGGGGCAGAAACAGGGACUCCUUUCAAUGAUAUCAACCUGCAAGAAAAGGACUGGACAGAUUAUGAUGAAAAGGCACAAGAAUCUGUGGGGGUCUACGAGGUGACGCAUCAGUUUAAGAAGUGCUAACACCAUCUUAUAUGUCCUGUUGGUCCAGGGGUUGGUGAUCGGGUCAAGAACCAAUACACAGACUUUUUGUUACACACCAUAUACAGACAUUGCCAAAACUUCUACGUUCAGCCCUGCAACUUACAAGUGUAAAUAAAUCGUGGAUCUGAUUAUUAAAAAUAUUUAAAAGUGGAAUAAAA